AUGAACCUUAUCCGCAAAGAUAAAACCCAAGCUGCACUGCAGAAGACGUAUGAGGAUGCCUAUCAGGCUUCGUUACAGGCCAUUAUCUUGGAGACCCAGAACGAUCGCGACGCAGCCCUUGAAUCCUGGAACUCCACCCUCAACUCCAUUUCUUUGAAUAUGAGCAAAUUUGACGGCAAAACACCGAAAUCAGCAUCUCACCAAGGCCUUAUGUCAUCUAUUCUUGAUAUCGAACGACAGUGUCACGAUCGUAUCUCUUUUCUAGAAUCAAGACGUUAUCCUUCGACAAAUCCUUAUAUGAAUUCUUAUUCAACUUCAAGUUCUACAUUAAACGACGGUUCUAGCUCUACUGCCAACCAUAAGAAAUCUGUUUCUGAAAUUGGCUCCUAUUCAAGCAGUUCUGUAUUGACUGUACCGCGGAAAAAUUUACCCUCUAAAAGUGACCCACUAAUCCCUCAUCAGCCAAAGCCAUUAUCUGCACAACUUAUUGCCAUGAAUGCACACCAUAGAAGUUACUCUGGGUCCUCGACCCCUCCCUAUUAUACUACAGCCCCUUCGUCAUCAACAACAUCCCCUAGCUAUCAGUCGCAUUCUUCACAGCCACUGUCGACUUCGUCGCAGCCCCCACAGCCACCGCCACAUCGUACUAAUGCAUCUUCUUCGUCAACACUUGUGCCAACUCAAACAACCCCGACCUUGAGAGCUAAAUCGUCGGCCGAUCUGGCUCCGGUAGGUGUUAAGUCUGCCCCAAAGUCUAUGAUGAAAACACUACGAUCGUCUGGAAGAUCUGGUAAGCUCGCCUAUGGACAAAGAGGAGGCACAUCGUCUGCAUCAACUGCUGCUACUCUAGCAUGGGGUACUGAUUCACGGCCAUCGACAGCGCCAAAUGCUAGUUCACGAACAGUACCAUCUAAUGGAAGUUCGAAAUCUUAUGCCACGGGUGGAACUACAAUUGCCACAGCUACUAAAUCAUCUCGUCCAGCCACAUCAGCCCCUUCUUUACCUCGGUCGCAGCCUUCUCUUUUAGACGAACCAUUAAUCGACUUUACCAGUGAUACUAUUCAGCCAACGCGUACUAAAUCACAGCCUGCUAUUCAGCAACAGGCGGUAAAGAAGUCAUAUACACCUCCGUUAAUUGCACCAAUUGCUCACAAAUAUCCAAUUCCAAGUACUGGUGUCAGACGGCAAUCGCCUACUCAGAAACAGCCAACUCGCUCUUCUCCUGCUCCACCUUCCUCCAAUUCUCACCUGGCCCCUAGCAAUAAACUUUCGGCACAACAGGCGGUGUUAAAACGGUCUAUGGCGUCUAACGCCAUUUCAUCGACAACAGCUCAAAAACCCGUUACCGGUACCAACAAAACGGGACCGAAGCCCAAGGUUGGCCCAAAGCCAAAGGCUGGACCAAAACCGAAAACUGCCGGGACUGCUGGCAGUGCAGGUUCGAACUCAACUGCUAAAACAGAGGAGUCGACACCAGAAACUGAAUGGGAUAAAAUGGCUAAAGAAAAAAUCAAAGGUAUUCGCGGCAUUGAUGAAAAUGCAGCUAACCAGAUAUUAAACGAGAUUGUUCUAAAAGGAGAUGAGGUUCACUGGGAAGACAUUGCAGGUCUUGAACAAGCUAAAACAUCGCUCAAAGAGGCAGUUGUAUAUCCAUUUCUACGCCCUGAUUUGUUUUCGGGUUUACGAGAACCUGCUCGCGGUAUGUUACUUUUCGGUCCUCCGGGAACUGGUAAAACAAUGCUGGCUCGUGCAGUUGCAACUGAAUCCAAUUCAACAUUUUUUGCUAUAUCUGCUUCAUCUCUGACUUCUAAGUUCUUAGGUGAAUCAGAGAAGCUUGUUCGAGCACUUUUUCAAAUGGCGAGAGCAUUCGCUCCCUCCAUUAUUUUUGUCGAUGAAAUUGAUUCGUUACUUGCUACUCGUAGUGAAAAUGGAGAACAUGAGGCUUCUAGACGUAUUAAAAAUGAAUUCUUAGUACAAUGGAGUGACCUUCAACAUGCUGCUGCUGGAAGAGAUAAUGGCGAUGAUUUAGAGCGAGUGCUAGUGUUGGCUGCAACCAAUCUUCCCUGGGGAAUUGAUGAGGCUGCUAGAAGACGUUUCGUUCGAAGGCAAUAUAUACCCCUUCCAGAAAGGGAAACACGGGCAGCUCAUCUUCAGAAGUUGUUGAGUAAUCAAAAGCAUGCUUUGACGGAGGCUGAUUUCCAAAAAUUAGUUGAUCUCACAGAUGGAUUCAGCGGAUCUGAUAUGACGGCUCUUGCUAAAGACGCAGCAAUGGGACCACUACGUUCUCUCGGAGAGGCGUUGUUGACCACACCCCGAGACCAGAUUCGCCCAAUGGGUAUUGAAGAUUUUGUAUCCAGCUUGAGAACAAUCAGGCCAAGCGUAUCCAAAGAAGGUUUGAAAGCUUUUGAAGACUGGGCUGCUUUAUACGGUAGCUCUGGUGCUUAA